AUGAAAGGACUGAAAGAGAAGGCCACCGUCGUCAUCACCAAGGACCCUAACCUCGGGGAGGCCCCUGCUGCACCUGUCCAAGAAGUUGCUCCUGAGCCUGUUAUUGAGGAAGUGAUUGAGGCCACCGAGGCGGAGGAGGCAGCCCAGCCCCCACCAGAGCCAGAACCAGAACCCGAGCCUGAGGUUGAGGUUGAGUUGGUGGCAGAGGAGGAAGAGGAAGAGGCUCCUGAGGUGAUAGAGGAGGACCCUGAGAUCCUGGAGGAGGAGCCUGAGGUCCUGGAGGAGGAGCCUGAGGUCCUGGAGGAGGAGCCAGAGAUCCUGGAGGAGGAGCCGGAGCCCGAGGAGGAGGAAGCAGCUCCAGUGGAGGAGGAAGUGGUUGAGGAAGCUGCAGAAGAAGAAGCCGUAGAAGAAGAGGCUGCCCCUGUCGAGGAGGAGACCGCUGAGGAAGCUGCACCUGUCGAGGAGGAAGUGAUCGAAGAAGAGGCUGCCCCCAUUGAGGAAGAGGCAGUAGAAGAAGAGGCAGCUCCAGUGGAGGAGGAAGUAAUUGAGGAGGCUGCUCCCGUUGAGGAAGAGGCAGUAGAAGAAGAGGCAGCUCCAGUAGUGGAGGAAGUGGUUGAGGAGGCUGCACCUGUAGAAGAAGAGGCAGCUCCAGUGGAGGAGGAAGUGGUCGAGGAGGCAGCAGCUGUAGAAGAAGAGGUAGAGGAAGAGGCAGCUCCAGUGGAGGAGGAAGUGGUUGAGGAGGCUGCAGCUGUAGAAGAAGAGGCAGUAGAAGAGGCAGUAGAGGAAGAGGCAGCUCCAGUGGAGGAGGAAGUGGUCGAGGAGGCUGCAGCUGUAGAAGAAGAGGCAGUCGAAGAGGCAGUAGAGGAAGAGGCAGCUCCAGUGGAGGAGGAAGUGGUCGAGGAGGCUGCAGCUGUAGAAGAAGAGGCAGUCGAAGAGGCAGUAGAGGAAGAGGCAGCUCCAGUGGAGGAGGAAGUGGUAGAGGAGGCUGCAGCUGUAGAAGAAGAGGCAGUAGAAGAAGAGGCAGCUCCAGUGGAGGAGGAAGUAGUUGAGGAGGCAGCAGCUGAAGAAGAAGAGGCCGUAGAAGAAGAGGCAGUAGAAGAAGAGGCAGCUCCAUUGGAGGAGGAAGUGGUUGAGGAAGCCACACCAGAGGUUGAAGAAGAGGCAGUAGCAGAAGAAGAGGAGGAGACACAGGAAGUAGUGGAAGAGGCAGAGGAGUCACAACAGGAAGCAGAAACAGACGUACAGUCAGAUGCAGAGUCGGAAGAAGGCCCAGAAGCCCCAGAGGAAGAGACUGAAGAAGAGGCAGUAGCAGAUGAGCCAGUGGAGGAGCAGACAGAAACGUAAAGUCUGUGUUCUGGUCGAGGAGCAAGUACCAGACCACCCCACUGAGUGUGUGCAGAACACGCCCCUCCCACCCCCACCUCACCCCACCACCAGAAAACGACAA